GGGCUACCGAACUCCAGCCUGGGCGACAGAGCGAGACUAUGUCUCUAACAAACAAACAAAACCACGAGAUUCUUUUUCCCAGUUUUCAAUUCUGUCCUGAACUCUCUAUCUUAAACAAUACAUAGGUAUGAAAAUUACAACUGGUACAUUGAUUUUAAUAGGGAAGAAUUUAUUUGGAAAGCAAUAAGUUUGUUGUAAACUAUGCCUCUUUCUGGAAAUAUUUACAAUUUUCAAAGAAGUGGCCUUAGCAAAACUGUAAGUACAGCCCUUGAUUUGCAGGUGAACAAAACAGCAGUGCGCAUAGACAUUAACCUAAAUUCAAGUUAGGAUUAAGGUUAACAUUAAGGGGUAAGCAGGACAUAGCACAGUGAUUAAGUGCAUAGGAGCAUUUAUUAACUGAGUGAUCUUGAACAAGUUAUUUAACUUCUGUCUAAGUCUCACUUUCCUCAUCACAAAAGGAAGAAAUAUUUCAUAAAAGUUGUGGAAACUGAGGUAAUAGAGAGAGUACUUUGCACAAUACCAGACACCCAGUAAGGGCUCAAGAAAUGGUAUUGCUGUUGUUAUCCUUGUCUUUAACAAGUGAAUCACAACCAGUUAGUGUCAGAACAGGAUGCAAAGCACUUCUGGAGUAUCUGUUAUUAGUUUAUAAACUGAGUUCCUUAUCCUUUGCAUCUAUCUGGGUCUAAGGAGGCAAGAUCACAUAGCAUUAACGUUUUCCACAAAUGUGGUGUGAUCCAUUGCCUCUCCUCUUCUUUCACCUCCUAGAGCAAGCCUUCAGCCUCUUAGGACGUGUUUUCCAUCAGAAUGUAACUUUGAAGUUGAAUAUUUUAAACUCUGUUGGGAAGGUUCAGACAACGAAGAUAAACAAAGAUUCGGGAAAUGUAAACGGCGAAGAUGCCACGGCUCACGUUACCUGCUUCCUCCUAGUUGGAGUUGAGCUCUUCCUGGAAGUGGUGCACAGUCUGCCAUUUGAUUAGACAUUUCAACAUCAAAGCUGAACAAAAACAUAUAAUCAAUCUGAUCUUAAUUCAAGUGUGCCUACCCCUCCUUGUGAAAAGUAGCCUUGCUUUAAAAAAUAUUUCCCUAGCAGAUCAGGCAUUUAUGAACAACUCCCUAUCUUUUCUGCUUCACUUCCAUCUCAAGUUCUGGUUCACAUAAUUAGACAACACUUACUGAGGGCCCAUUAAGUGGCCGGGCACUGUGCCACAUGCUUUGUUUAUACUUUCUCAUGUAAUUGUCACAACAAUUCUUAGCGGUAUUUUCUCAUCCCCAUUUUACAGAUGAGAUGGAGGCUGGGGAGAGUAAGUCACUUGUCCAGGGUUACAUUGUUAAAAGCUGAGCAAUUAAAACCAAACAGCAGUGGGGACAGGCCCUCAGAAGACAUUUCUACUCCUGGCUUGGUCACUGCUCAGAUAUGUCACAUGUCCUCUGGGCCUCAGUUUCCCGGCUUGAAGAGGAUGCAGCCUCUCCAGAAGUGGCCUUCCACAGCCUGCGACAGCUUCCCAGGGCGGGCGGGCUGCUUUGUUUCCACACUCAGCUGCUCUGGCUGGGGCCUCCCUGGGCUCUGCCCUGUUUUGUUUUUGCUGCUGGACCUACUACAGACGCAACCCUGGCAGCGCAGCCCGGAGCACAGCCGAGGCUUCCUCUUUCUCUCAGUUCCUGGCUGCUUCAGUAUGAACAGAAAAGGUGGGCAGGGGCCAACUGGCAGGAACCUCCGAAAUAGCAGCACAUGAUCCUCCUACGAGCAGCAGAAAGGCCAGCCCGCAAGACCUCGCCGCCUGCCCAACUCUGUCAUUGACUAAGGUUGCUUUUGUCAGUACAGCCGCCAGGGGUUUCCACGCUCAUUCCCCUCCAGACAGGGUGGACAGCUUUGGUGAUAGACAACUGGGAGGUAAAACUCCACAGAGCCAUGCCAGCGACUGACCGCCUAGGGACAGGAGAUGGAGACGUUCAGCUGCAAAGGCUACGGAGGAACCCCCGCAAUUGGAAUCUCUCCAUGUCUUAUGCAGCAUGGAACAUACUCCGGGACCUACCCGGGGCUCUCUCUGGCCACCUCUGAGUGCAAAGGAAAAGAGUGCAGUUCAAGGAAGGCAAUGUGUCUGUCAUCCCACCACAUGCGCACAAGGCCAGUUCCCGGAUCAGCAGGCUUCCUUCACCAGCACGGGCUCUUCAUUAGCAACCACUGGGAGGGAAUGUGUGCGGAGUCAUGUCAAGAUGGGAAGGCACAUGUUCCCAUCUUGAUAGCAGCAGAAAGAAAAACGGCAGCAGAAGGAAAACAGCAGCAGAAAGAAAAACUAGACUCAGAUGGGUUGAGAGGGCAAUGGCAAGCAAUCUUGGUACAUGUCAGCUGCAUCUCAGCUAAGUGCUAGUGAUUUUUUUUUAAGUUAGCACUGCUGAAAAGAAGAAUGACUGUUCACAUUAAUAAUUGCCUUCUUAAAUUUGUAAUGAUGAGAAGCGGGCUAAGGUAGAAGAGGUAAUGUUUAUUUCACUUUGAAGCUUAUAGGUAGUCACACGAGUAUCACAAAAAGAACAGAUACAAUGAAUCAUCUUGCCUUUUACAUGACUGUUACGACACCUGCAACAUCUCUCUUGAAUGUUCCGCCUAGUCACACUCAUAACCGAGGGGAAAAAGAAGACAAAGGUGAAUGCUCAGUUAGCCCCUAACCCUCUCAUUCUAUCUGCUGUUAAUGUUGCCCACAGGACUACCAGCUGCAAGGCUAUCCAUGACCUCCUCCGUCAAGUCCACCCAGACUCUCUGAUCUAAAGCAGCCUUGCCCACUCCAAUACUCUCCAUUACAUUAACUUGGUUCACUUUUCUUCUUCGCUCUUAUCAUGUCUUGAAAUCAUCAUCUUUAUUUUUUUAAUAACUAUGCCACCAUUUGUAAUCCCUCUCUAGAAUGUAAGAGCCACAAGACUAGAGACCUUAGGCUUUUCCCCAGUGUCUCUCCAAAUAUCUAGCACAGUGCCUAGCAUUAGCAGAGUGGAAUAAAUGUUUGCUGAGUGAGUGAACAGAUGUUUCCUUAGGAGUCAAUCUCAAUUUCCAUUUAUCCUCAACGUUUGUAAAUUUUCUCUCUAAUAUAGAGGUCCACCCUCCUUAGACACAAAGGAAUUAUAGUUAUACACUUGCUAUGAUUCCCAGAGUUCACAAAUUUUGAUGCUUCAUCAUUUUAGCCAGUAACUAUAGCUUGAAUAUUAGUGAAAAAUAGAUGGGGAUACAGAUUCUUAGAAUGUGUGCCUUCCCAUCUUGACACUGGAGAAAGGAGAAAUGUUAUUCUAGUGCAUUCUGCUUCACAUUCCAGUUCAAAUUUCAAAACCUUAAAAAGCCUGAAGACUAACUUAGGUUUCAAUUUAAUAUAAUUAUUUUAGAACAACAGUUAUAAUAUUUUUACUGUACAUACAUUCAAUUAUUACUAAGUGCUUUCAUUUCUAUCUGUAAAAGUAUAGUAUAAAAAGUUCACCCUCAUGAAAUCAGACAAAAAUACAAUUGACCCUGGAACAAUGCAGGGGUUGGUGCACUGACUCCCUGUGAAGUCAGAAAUCCAACAAAAAUCCACGCAAAACUUUUGACUCCACAAAACUUAACUACUAAUAGCCUACUGUUGACUGCAAGCCUUACUGAUAACACAGUUGAUUAACAAAUAUUUUGUAUGUUAUAUUAUUAUAUACUGCAUUCUUACAAACUACAUGUAAACUACAAAGAAGAAAAUAAGAAGAGAGAAAGUUUGUUCACUAUUCAUUAAGUGGAAAUGGAUCAUCUUUAU